AUGGAAGUAGACACGCACAAAAUCGACACAACCUACAUCUCCGAACUCCCCAACUCGACAAACCACACAGAAGCAGUCCUCCGCUCCAAAGCCGACGACCUCACAGUCUGGCAAUCCAUCAAAUCCUACAAGCUUGUCUCGGCGGUAGCCAUGGCCGCAGCCUUCUGCGCCUCCCUUGACGGAUACCAGAUCACACUCAACGGCGGCAUCGUGUCGAACAAAGGGUUCAUUCGACAAUUCGGCGGAGCUGGUGUCAAGGUCUUGCCGAGCAAGUACAUCUCUGCUUGGGGAGGGGUGCAGAGUGCUGGGCAGACGGUUGGGCAGAUUGGCUUGCAAUUCGUUACGGAUUCGUUGGGGAGGAAGUAUGCGAUGUAUACGCUUUGGAUCAUCUUGACUGGAAGCAUCUUCGCAGAAACCUUCGCCACGCACUGGUCGCACUGGCUAGUUGCCAAGCUCUUCUCCGGCAUUGGUGUUGGAAUGCUGCAGGCGACCAUGCCAGUAUAUCUCUCUGAGUUGGCGCCAACACAGCUUCGAGGGUUUUUGAUCAACGCCUACACCUUCUGGUUCGUGCUUGGACAGUUGUUCGGCUCUAUCGCUUUGAAUGAACUCAACCAGAUUAAUCCCUACGAUUUCCGUACUGCGAUCUACAGUCAAUGGGCAAUGAUCGGGGUGAUGAUAAUUAUCUUCGUCCUCUUACCAGAAUCGCCGUGGUGGCUAUGCAGCAAAUCCAAGACGGAGCAAGCUGCAAAAGUCCUCAACAGAUACAACGGCCAUGUCGAGAGCUUCAACGUGCAUGAAACCAUCGAAGUCAUGGUCGCCACGAUCGACGAAGAGCGCAGCCUCGCCCACCUCCAACAACAAGAAGGCAUCCUCUCCGUCUUCCAAGGCCGGAACUUCAUCCGUUUCAUCAUCGCUUCUUGGCCCAAAAUCACGCAGCAGCUCGUCGGUCUCUCCGUCUUCAACACUUACUCGACAUACUUCUUCCAGAAUUCCGGCUUCAAGGACCCCUUCCUGGUCACGGUCAUCCUGGGCUGCGUACAGCUGUUGUCUAUGUUGAUCACCGCGACUACGACGGACGCGUUCGGUAGAAGGCCGUUGACUGUGUAUCCAUACGGCAUCACGUCGCUUUCGUUGUUGGCGCUGGGCGUCGUGGGUUGCUUUGACUACAGCAAGCCUGAUCUCAGCUCGUUGCUCAUCUUCUUCACCUGCCUCGCUACGUUCACAACCACUGGAGCGUCCGCCAUCGGCUACGCAUAUGCUGCUGAGGUGCCUUCCCAGCGCUUGCGCGCGCGGACUGCCGGUUGGGCUUUGGCUCUCUCCAACAUGGUGGCCAUUAUCUUCUCCUUUUGCACACCACUCAUGAUCAAUGGGACUGACGCCAAGUCGGGCUGGGGAGUCAAGACUGGCAUUUUCUUCGCUGGAACGGGCGCCGUGGCCGUCGUGAUUGCUUGGUUCAUCAUGCCUGAGGUGGCGAGACGGACGCCUGCUGAGAUUGACGAGAUGUUCGAAAACAAAGUAAACUUACGGAAGUUCAACAAGUAUGUCACAGAUGUUCAGGUGCAUGCGGAAGAGGUCCAUCGUGAGGAGGAGAAGCUGGUAGCGUAG